AUGGCUAGACAUAAGGGAGAAAAACCCUUUAUGUGUGGAGAGUGCGGAUACAGAACUGCUCGCAAGUCUGACUUAUCGCGACAUAUGAGACGACAUACAGGCGUGAAACCUUACAAGUGUAACCAAUGUGCUUAUUCUGCAGCACGGAAAGGACAGUUAGACCGACACAUGACUAAACAUAGUGAAGAAAACCCCUAUAAAUGUGACCAAUGCGACUAUUCUGCCGCAACGAAUAGCAGUUUAGAUCAACACAAGGCUAAACACAACAAACCCUUCAUGUGUGGAGAGUGCGGAUACAGAACGGCUGACAGAUCUAACCUUACUGUACAUAUGAGGAAACAUACAGGUGAGAGACCCUAUAAAUGCGACCUUUGCGACUAUUCUGCUGCACAGAAAGGCCAUUUCGACGAGCACAUGGCUAGACAUAAGGGAGAAAAACCCUUCAUGUGUGGGGAGUGCGGGUACAGAACUGCUCGCAAGUCUGACUUGUCUCGACAUAUGAGAACACAUACAGGGUAA